UAAAAUUUAAUAUUUUUUUGGUGUCUAUCACGAUUACAAAUUUGUUUUGUAAUCAGCACCAAAUAGAUGAUAGGUUAUGAAUUAAAAUAUAACUUAAUCUAUUUUUGAUGCAAAAUUUGGUAUAAGAUUUGAUACUAAAAUCGAUUCAUAAUAGCAAUAGAUAGAUAUACUUUUAUAGCCAAACUUUAUAGAGAUUUGAUAUCAAUUUAGUACUAUGUAACCAAAUUUCUUUUCUUUACUAGUAAAUUAUAAAAUGAGCAGAAUAAAAUUCACUUACAAAUAUUUGAUAGAUUUAUGAACACUUUCAUUCAUUUUAACCUAUUUUUUACGCAUUAUUUAAAACAAUGAAUAAUUAUCGCGAUCCUUUUGGUUUUACUAAACAAACAGCCACUUUAUUACGUGGUUUGAAUGCAUCUGAAUUGAUACCAGAAUGUAAAAAAAGAAAUAUAUCAACUGAUGUGUUACAUGAACUCAGCGUGCAAGAACUAAUUAUGUUAGGCCUUAAUUCUAAAAAAGCAGAAGAAUUACAAAAUAUUUUAAAUAUUGAAAAAAGAAGAUCCAAUAUUGUAAUAACAAAUGUUGAAGACAGGAUUGAACAUUUUCUUCAAAUAAUUAAACAUGGAGAACAACAAUUUUCUUUAAUACAAGCUCUUAUAGCAUAUUGUCGAUUAAGAUUGAUAAAAGAAAAAAUUAAUAUUUUUGUUGAUCUUAAUAAGUGUUUGAGUGCUUCUAAUAUAUUACCUAUUUCUAUUGAUGCAACAUUAACAGAAUUAGAAAAAGCAAAGAAAAAUCUUUUUGAACUUGAAGAAUUAACUUUAAGGCUCAGUCGCAAUAAGAUGGACGGUGGAGCGUACGGUGGAGGAAAGGCAGGAGCCCCUUUCGAUCCUAUUGCCUUCAUUCAAAGGCCUCAAGUUAUUCUAAAAGCUAUAUGUUUGCUCUUCGCAAUAAUUGUAUUCGGAUGCAUAAGCAACAAAGGAUACAUAAAAAAGGAAGGCGGAAAAGAGGUAUGUCUUUAUAAUGAAGAUCAUAAUGCUUGCAAUUAUGGAAUAGGAAUUGGAGUGCUUGCCUUCCUCGCCAGUAUCGGAUUCCUUGCUGGCGAAUAUCUCUUUGAGCAGAUGUCUUCUGUUAAGACUAGAAAACAUUUUGUCUUACUUGAUUUAGGAUUCUCUGGUUUUUGGGCAUUCCUUUAUUUUAUUGGAUUUUGUUACUUAACCAAUGCUUGGAAUAAAUCAGAAACACCGAAAGAUAAUUAUGGAGUGAACAACGUUCAAAGCGCUAUCGCUUUUUCCUUUUUCUCCAUUUUUACUUGGGCUGCCUGUGCAUGGUUUGCGUUUCAAAGAUUCAAACAAGGAACUGAUGCUGCAUUUGCACCAAGUUAUGAAGCAGAUCCUGUUGGUGGAACAGGAUAUACAAGUUAUCCUGAUGCGACUGAUACUGGUUACCAAGAACCGCCUUUUGGUCAACAACAACAACAACAACAACAACAACAACAACAACAACAACAACAACAACAACGGAUGCCCGAUUUUCGAGCUCCAGCUUAUUAACUCUGAAUAUAAUUUAUCACUAUCGGUAAAGUAAAAUUUAUAUUAUUUUUUAAUUCAAAUCAAUAUUUUAUAUUGAUAAUAUUACGAAAUUAUUGUUAAAUUAAUUAAUAUAUUUUAUAAAGAAA